GUUCUUGUUCUCUUUGCAGAACAUGGAUCACGGAAGGGCUUGGGGCUACCUGACCUUCAGAGGCAAAACCAAAGAAGAAGUGAGAGAGAUCGACAAAGUCAUGUACCAUGACUGGCGUAUGGUGCCCAAGCAUGAGGAGGAAGCCUUCAAGAAAUUCACCCCAGUGCCAGAGGAGACCAUUCGGUACCUUCCGUACCCGCCUCUGCUCCGAGCCAUGAUCCUUGCGCAGUGGCAGAAAGAGGGAAAACCAAUCACAGAGGAGCCAAUGAUUGAUCUGGAGAAGGUCAUGGCCUCUCCCCAUCAGGGUGCAAAGAAAAAAGCUAGAGGGACACCAGUAUAAAGACUUGUUCUAUGUCCUGAGCUUCCCACAUGCUCUCGCUGUGUGUUAGAAGCACGUCAUCUUACAGAAGACCCCCUUGUCCACUGUGGUAUGGUGUAUCCCGGUUUCCUAGCUUUCUCCCCAGCCCUGCACAGUCACCUCAUCUGAAGGGAGAGAGGCAGAUACGUUCAGAUUUUUUUUUCCAUAACUUUGGUCUCAGUCAGCAGAAGAACCUUUUUGGUUCCCUGUAUAGUCUCUGAACGCAUAGCUCCUGUCAUCCAGCUACAAUUCUUUGGGGCACAAUUUCCUCUACAGCCUGAAAAUUAGGUUUUUAAGAACAUUUUUCAGAUAAUCUGGGUCCUACAUAAAUCACAGAAAAAUGACUGAGAAUAUCACGUUAUUUCACAGAUCUGCGUACAAAUGUAUCUGCUAACGAAAAUAAAUGUUUUCUUAUUUCUGCAGCACA